CUCUCUUUCACCAGUCCCUCCCAUCCCCAGUACUCUCUCUCUUUCUCACCCUCUCUGCUUGUGAUUUGUGAUAGCUAAUAACAAUGAGAAAUGAGAAACCUGAACAAUCCUUCUACUUUUCAAAGUGCCUCAAUACCCAUCUACAGUUAAACCGUGUUAUUCAUGGCCUUUUCUUUGUUAUUGGUUUGUCUCUUGGAAUCAUAGGCAGCUUUUAUCUCAAAAGCUUCUUAUUCAUUCCCCAAGCCUCUUUAACUCAUAUCUCUACUUCGUUCCCAGUACCACCACCACCACCACCACCACCGUCACCACCUCCACCACCUCCACCACCAACACCAACACCACCUCCACCACCUCCACCACCAACACCAACACCACCUCCACCACCACCACCAUCACCAUCACUACCACCACCUCCACCACCACCACCACCACCUCCUGCUUUGUCUAAAGAAAUUCCACGGGGGAGCGUGGUCAAGGCAAGAGAAGAAAAUAAAUUUCAGUUGAUGCACAACAUGGAUGACCAAGAGUUGUUUGCCAAGGCAAGAUUGGGAAGAAUUGAUGAGGUUAUCCCUCAUCAUCAGCAGAAGCAGCCCAAGGUUGCUUUCAUGUUCUUGACAACAGGGCCACUUCCACUGGCACCAUUGUGGGAGAUGUUCUUCAGAGGUUAUGAUGGGCUAUACUCCAUUUACGUCCAUCCCGAUCCCUCCUUCAAUGGAUCGGUGGUGCCUGAAAAUUCUAUUUUCUAUCGGCGAAGGAUCCCCAGUCAGAAAGCGGAAUGGGGAAUGAUGACAAUGAUCGACGCAGAGAGGCGCCUUCUCGCCAGUGCACUCCUGGACGACCCCUCCAACCAGAGAUUUGUGUUACUCUCAGACACAUGCAUUCCUUUGUUUAACUUUACAACAGUAUAUAACUACAUGAUUAACUCCAAACUCAGCUUUAUUGGUUCUUACGAUGACCCAAGGAAGGCAGGCCGUGGCCGUUACAACCGGCAAAUGUUUCCGGUGGUUUCCAUCUCCGACUGGCGUAAAGGGUCUCAGUGGUUCGAGGUCCAUCGUGAUAUCGCCAUUAAAAUCAUAUCAGAUCAGAAGUACUACCCAGUCUUCAGAAAUUAUUGUCAGCCUUCGUGCUACAAUGACGAACACUAUAUUCCAACAUUGAUUAAUAUAAUCUCCCCCGAGCUGAACUCGAAUAGGAGCAUCACUUGGGUGGAUUGGUCGAGGCCUAGUCCACACCCAAGGAAAUUUGGAUGGCGACUAAUCACAGAAGAGUUACUCAACUAUGUACGCUUUGGAAGCAAUUGUACUUACAACGGGAAUACCACAUCGAUAUGCUUCCUUUUUGCUAGGAAAUUCGCCGCAGAUACGUUGAGGCCUCUAUUGAAGAUUGCUCCAUCAUUGCUUGGUUUUGAUUCUUAAUUGCAUUGCCUCAAAUGAAAACUUGUGAUUUUUUUUUUUUUCCCCUUUUCUUUUGGACGAAUUGUUUUAGGUUUUUUUUUAUUGGAAGAAUUGUUUCGGUUAUUAAUAAACUUAUUGAAUUUGAAUAAGGAACCCUCAUUUGUGUUAUUGAAAA